AUGAAAAUAUAUUCUUCCGUUAUUUGGAUCAAGGCAGUUGCCUUGAUCAGUGUUCUAAUGAUGAAUAUAUGCAGAGCAGACAUGACAUUGGAAGAAGUGGAGGCCACUCUGCAGUUUGCAAUUGCAACGGAUGCAACACCUAUAAGAAUAAACCCAGAGGGACCUCUUAACUUCCUCCGGGGAUACAUAUAUCAGAAGAUGGAGUGCAUGUACAAUAAACGGUUUUUCUCUCCACAGAUUGAUACAAAGUACUCUGUAGAGGAAGAUAUAACGGUAAAACGAACUAUGCCUAUCUAUAAAUAUAGCCGAACAGAACAGAUGGACAAAGCAUACACAGCACAGCCCACUAAAGAAAUGGAUGAGUACAAUGAGCAGUAUCACACCCAUCUGAUUGAACUGUUUCCAUCUCCUACUGGUGACAUAAACAUUGAGACACGAGGAAACCAGUCCUUCAUUCAAUUUUUGCGAGCAAAGACAACAAAGGAGCAUGCAUUGCAGAUUCUUGCUAUGCUACUCCUUUUCUCAGAGGGAGUGCAUAUUCCUAUUAAAGUCACUAACACAGUACUAGAGGUAUAUGAAUCAAGCAAAAAAGACAAAAUGUACUUUAAAGUGUCCAUGAUAAUCCCAUGGUUGAAUAGAGAAACAGGCAAAGAAGAAAAAUUCAAACAGAAGAGAGUUAAGCAAAUAAUCAGCUUCUUCCAGGAGAAUGCAAAUGAUCGUGAGGUGUUGAGUCUAAUGAAGGACAAGUGCUCACAAGAGGAGGUUGUCGCAGGAAAGUUCUUGGACAGUCCAAAGUUCCUGAUCCAGUCAUACAUAUUUGGGUUCAUAGACACAGCACAGCGUGCAACUGAAUUUAUCCAGACUGUGCACACUAUGACAGAGAAGUAUGCACCAAAGAUAGAAGCACCCAGCAAAGAUGACUCUGUAUAUGAUAGACUAUUCAUGCCUGCUGGAACUGUAACAGGAAUAGACUGCAUGUCUCUAAUGAAGAAGACUCAAGAGAUUUUAAAUGCGUAUCGAUUCUUCCCAUUUGCAGAUAGCACACAGAUGCCUACAUACAUAUCUGUUCCUCUGUACAACCGGAAAGACAAGUUGUUUUCUAGUAAUCAGGUGGAAAAUUAUAGCAACUGUGUGGAUUGCAUGAUUCUCUCUCUCUUCUGCUGUCUGGCAUAUGAUCCAGAAAAGGGAAUUUAUCGGACAGACCAUAUGGGAGAUAUCUCUGAAGAGCUUGAAGAAUUCUUUUCCCCAGAAGAGAACAAGUCAUUUGACACAACAAAGGCUAAGUUCCAGAGGGAGUGGUGCAGAGUUGUUGCAGACCUAGACGAGCCUAGCAUUGCAUACUGCACAGGAAGAAACGAGCUAGACUGCGGUCUUAUAAACAUGCUCAUGGUUAUUGCUGAAGUAAUAAAUUCCCCAAAGGAAGAAAAAGACAAAAUACUUGGGUUUUCUCAGAGUUUAAAUGAUAAACAUGGAGACAUAGAGUAUGAACUAUUAAAUGAAGUUAAAGAAUACACAGAGGUGCUAUUAAAAAGGCUAUCAAAAACAGAAAAUAUUCAAGUCGAGUUUUCUGAGCUUACAAGUGAUAACUAUAAUGAUGAAAGAUAUGAUCUAUCUGGAGAUAUUACUAUAACAUUUGAGCAUAGCUCUAUUAAGAAUGCAAUAGUCAUAGACAUCAACCCUGCCCACAGUACCAUUGAUAUAAAGCCAACUAUUAUGGAAAAAAAGGAUGACCGAAUAGAAAAAAUGACUGAAAUAGCAGGCAUUUGUAACAAUGGAUCUACAUUUGUUGAAAACUUGUUUUCUACAUAUAUGGGAUAUGAAAUGCGAAAGAUUGACACACCCGAGAAGAGUGAGGAGUUCAUGAAGGCGCAGAUACGCAAAACCAUAGAGAAUGGCUUUGCAGACAUCAAUAGGCUAUUAUUAGUAAAGAAAAUUAGCAGCCUUGAAUAUAAGAGGCAACUAGUCUUUUGUCCUAUCAUAUAUACUAUGGACCAAAAGACAUCGCGAAAGAAUCCUCUUAUUCGCUUUACUUCUAACAUAAUAGGAAGCACAGAGCUAGACAAUCCAGGUAUUCAAAUGAAAAUGCUCCCUUCAAUUGUUUUUAUGGAUCUGCAUAAUAAAAAAAGUAGCAUUCUCAACUACCCGAAUAUAAAAAUCUCAGAGAACCGCUAUGUUUAUUUAGUUUCCAUCUUAAGUUCUAGUCUCUUCAUUAAUUACAUACUAGAUUGUGAUAUAAACAUUUUUAUAACAUGGUUUAAAUUUUACAUGGAUACUUUUUACACUAAACAUGGGUUAGUCUUUAGUCCAUUGUUAGACCGUUUAGUGAAUAGAAAGAUUUUCCAUUAUAUAUUCAAAGAUGGAACUAUGAAGUACGCCAAUGAGAUUGACAACAUUAUUAUCCAAAAAAAUGACAAAAAGAAAGGUGAAACACUAAGCAUUAUACACUUCAUUUGGGCUGUCUAUCUGUGUGUUGAGGAAACCCCAAAUAUAGAACUAAUUAAGGCGAACUUAGAUGCUAUUCAAGAAACCGAGUUUAUUUCACGGGACUUGGGUUCUAAUAUUGAAACCCAGGAUAUAUUCGAUCAAGCUAUUCAAACCCUUAGUGGGCUAAAGAAUCAGCUAUGCAGAGAUGAAAAUAAUACUAGCAGGUUUAACUCAAUUAUGAAAGCACUUGAAAAUGUAUAA